CACAGGAAAGUGGCACCAUGAAGGUUGUUCGUGGAGUGUGGUGAUGGUCGUUUUGCCUUUCGACUGCUCGACAUAUUUUGAAAUUCCCCGCCGUAUGCUUCAAUCCACACUGCGUUCGUGGAUUACAGCCUCUGCUGAAGCUCAGAUGCUGAGUGAGCGACAAGGGCGGCAUCAUCAGCAUACAGUAGCUCCCGGAGGAGGACAAGCCUGGCCUUCGUCUUGGCACGAAGGCGGGCCAGGUUGAAAAGUUUCCCUGAACUGCGGAUGUGAAGCAGGAUACAAAAUGAAUCUGGAAAAACACGGCCAAGUAGGACAGAGAAGAACACGCCAAAUAGAGCGGGGGCGCGUACGCAGCCUUGCUUAACGCCACAAUGAAUUGGAAAUUUUGCAGAACUUGGGCUGUUGAAUUGGACCGUAUACCGUUGUGAAAAUCCAUCAGAAUGGACAGUAGGGUGUCUGCGGGAACAGCGAACGAUUUCAAGAUGUACUUUACGUCGGGCGGAUGUUAAUUAAUCGUCGCUUUCACCACGAAGAGACAUCAAAACUCUCCAAUGUGCGACCUCGCGGUGAAACCCCGUAAUUAAAAAUAUACAACUGCCUUCUGGGGAAAUUCCCAUCCCAUUAUUAGUAUUUAUGUCUGUUAAUGACACCAAGGAAUCCUCAAAAGCGCCCUAGGCACUGUACUUCACAAGCCUGAAGAAACUUGUAGAGAGGAGACAAUGAGAAGCAGUUACAGUUGUUGAGGUGGAAAGAAUACCCUACAGGAACAUUCCGGGUAAAACCCCCGGAACCAGGUAGGGACUGAAAGCCCAAUCCAAAUGUACACCGACCUUGGAAUCGAACCUGGACCACAGAAGUGGAAGGCGAGGAAAGAACCACUACGCCAACCCAACUCUAGCUCUGACAAUGUGAGAAUUUGGGCCUAUUGGAGUUGCAAGUCAAACUGAGUGAAUACGGGUGUAUUCCAUCUCACACUAAUAUGACUACACUCAUCGGUCCGGAUGGGAGCGGCCCCGAGCCACUGACCACGGUGACUCACAACAGCGGGACCGUGGGGCCAGUGUAAAUGAUGGUCUCCAUCUGCGGAAAGAAGUGUUGAAUUGGUGUCCGACGUCAUUUACCUCGAAAUCCACAGCAAAGUAGUAUGAGCUCUCAAUUUUUCCUCACAAGUUUCACGUGCGAACAUGGCUGCCGCUUUGAUGAUGUACUGCCACUGUAUUCCGCCGUGCCCUUUACAACCGUUGGUGCGUGUACUCAUCUAAACGGCACAGCUAUCUGGUUGCACAAGUAAAUUGCAGAUAUAAAAGACUUUCAACCGUGUAAAUCCAAUGACAGAAGGCAGACACAGUUCCCGAUGUCUCCAAGGUUUCUACAUUGUCCUCUGCAUGCACAUCAGCACAAUGCUUUGGACUGGACUCCUCGCCAAAGGUCUAGGGGUGAUGUUACCCACGCUGCGGGAGCAAUUUUCAGCCGACACCUGGAUGAUCGGGAGUCUGAUAGCAGCCGUGAAUGCCGCAGCAGGUUUUGCAGGUCCCCUGUCUGGGCCACUAGAUGGUAUAUUUGGAACUCGUACUGUGGUCAUAAUGAGCGGUAUCCUUACUGGAGCGUCUAUGAUUCUGGCGUCUUUUUCAACCAGUACUCUCCAUAUAGCAUUGACGUUAUGCUUGUUGGCAGGGCCUAGCUUAUACAUCAUCACCGUCUUGACCAGAGCAAUGGCUGGACAUCAUUUCACUACAGGCUACGCCAUCGCUACUGGUAUUGGAACAUCAGGCCACGCUGUGGGCUUGAUGCUUCUUGCGCCCCUGACUCAGGUGCUUUUAGACACCUACGGCUGGCGAAGUGCCUUACUACUCCUUGGGGCAAUCAGCUUGAACCUCGGCGUGUCUGGCUUCCUGCUGAGAAAACCACAUCGUGCAGAGGCACGGAAGGAGUACCUACCAAUUGGCUCCAGUGAUGAGGAGCCAUCCGUCAACAAUGCAAGAAGCCAUGAUACCGACAGAAACUCACUACUCCGCAGGGUGAAGAACGUCGUUAUAGUUUGGAAGAAUUUAUUGGGAUGCGCAGUUUGUAGCCGUGCCGAGUUUUGGAUCGUGUUUCCCAUUUUGGGUUGUGAUUCCCUUGCCAUAGAUAUGUGGAUGAUGUACCUUGUUACGUACGCCGAGGCAAAAGGUUUUUCUGGAUACGAGGCUGUGACAUUCACUCUAGCCGGAGGUAUAGGGAAUAUGGUUUUCAAGAUCAUCAUAGGCUUAAUUUUGGACCUUGAGUUCUUGAAAUUGCGGCUUAGUCUCUUUGUGACGAUCAUUGCGGGUUCUCUGUGUUUACUGACACUUCCCUGGAUGAAUACAUACUGGAUGAUGAUGAUGAAUGCAUUUCUGUACAACGGCCUCAACGGUAUGAUAGGAAUCUUGAAUGACAUUUACACCCGCGAGCUGUUCGGAGCUGAAGAGUUAGUGGCAGCUUUUAGCUGGAUGGGUGUUUUCAAGGCAGCUCUUGUUCUCACUUUUGGAUUUUUCCCAGGUUUGAUGUUUGACAAAACUGGAAGCUUCGACCUUGCUUUCGUCAUCUUGGGAUGUGUAGCAGGUCUGCCAUUGGUGUCACUGUUUGCGGAAAUGCUAUUGAAUCGNAUGGAAGGUGCGAUCGCUUUAAAUGUCCGUGAUGUCACCGAUGAUGCAGGUUACAUUCAUUUGUUCUUUUAUUUCUACAUAACUACAUUAAGUAAAGGUACAACAGGAAGGAAAUGGUUGUGGAUGGGGUCCCAUAGAAGCAGUGCUUGUCGACUAGGGAUCCCAUAAGGAACAAUACACAUUCUCAUAUACAAUACAAUAAUUAUGACAUACAACUGGACAUGAUGUAAACAAUAAGUCUUGUAGCCCUGCAAGACACUUAACUGUAUAAAUUAAGGAGAACGUCAAUUUCUGAAUACGGCAAAUCACGGAGCACGUGACACAGGACAUUUUUGCCUCUUCGUGAAAACGAAAAAUAUCACAUUUCUGUGAAAUACGCGUUGAAGCGCGCACACUUCUAUAGAUUUGUGCUACUUCGAGGUGUUGGUGACGAAAUAUUUAUUGUUUAACUGAUGCAUGAGGAUCUAAGCUGAAGGAAAUAUACAUCAUUACUUUUUGAGAUUUUGUACAAAUAAAAAAGAGGAUUACUAUGCUCGAGGUAAGUGGCAGAGUGGUUUAUUCUGAACACAUUUUGGUGGUUUUAGUAUUCUACUGGUUAAACCAACCCCUCAAUUACCCAUGGCUAAUAUUCCAUAUGUAUUAAAUACUGUACAAUUGAAGUUUUGCAAAGUUUUAAACAGUACAUCCUGAGGGAGAAGGGGCUUUAACAUAAAACUCCAAUAUUGUUUUCAUUAUUUUGUUUAAAAUUUUCACUAUUCUUUCUUUUCCCCUGUUGUUGUUCUGCUGUUGUUGUUAAUAAGAUAAUUGUUUGCCGUGUCUUAAAAGAGGCACAAUAUGUUCUCUAAAAAUGGAAAUUCUAAUGAGUCUCAUCAGCUUCUUUUGUACUGUUAAAAAAUAAAUGUUUUCAGUAAGUAUUCUCUUCAAACAACCUUUAAAGGGAAACUGAUUAGGUGUUUAUAAAUUAUUGUGAAGAUGAACGAAGAAAUUGACUGGGGAGGGAUUUGAACCUGCUACCUCACCUUCA